GGGCCCGGGACCCAGCGAUCUCCGCGGAGCCCACGGGAGGAUGGCUCAGCUGCUCGGGCCCCUGCUCAGAGCCCUGCUCCUGUGCCAGGCGGCUGCCACGGGGAACUUCGUGCACCACAGCUACAAGGAGAUGGUGCAGGCCCUGUUCGCCGUGCAGAAUGAGUGCCCCUACGUCACUCGCAUCUACAGCCUGGGCCACAGCGUCCAGGGCAGGCACCUCUAUGUCCUGGAGUUCAGCGACUACCCCGGCCUCCACGAGCCCCUGGAGCCGGAGUUCAAGUAUGUGGGGAACAUGCACGGGAACGAGGUGCUGGGCCGCGAGCUGCUGCUGCAGCUCUCCGAGUUCCUGUGCGAGGAGUAUCGCCGCGGCAACGAGCGCAUCACGCGGCUCAUCCAUGACACGCGCAUCCACAUCAUGCCCUCCAUGAACCCCGACGGGUACGAGGUGGCAGCCAACCAGAGCCCCACCACCAAUGGGUACCUGACCGGCCGGAACAACGCCAAUGGCGUGGACCUGAACCGCAACUUCCCCGACCUCAACACCAUCAUGUACCACAACGAGAAGAGCUCAGGGCCCAACCACCACAUCCCCCUGCCCAACAACUGGAGGAGUCAGGUGGAACCGGAGACAGCGGCUGUGAUUCAGUGGAUCAGCAGCUACAACUUCGUUCUCUCAGCCAACCUGCACGGUGGCGCCGUGGUGGCCAACUACCCCUACGACAAGUCGCACAGCCAGCGGGUGCGUGGCCAGUGGACCACUACCAACACACCCACACCCGAUGACAAGCUGUUCCAGAAGUUGGCAAAGACCUAUUCCUAUGCCCAUGGUUGGAUGCAUCAGGGCUGGAACUGUGGAGACUACUUUGCAGAUGGCAUCACCAACGGGGCAUCCUGGUAUUCUCUCAGCAAAGGCAUGCAGGACUUCAAUUACCUCUAUACCAACUGCUUUGAGAUCACCUUGGAGCUGAGCUGCAACAAGUUCCCGCCCCAGGAGGACCUGGAGCGCGAGUGGCUGGCCAACCGCGAGGCGCUGGUCGCCUUCAUGGAAGAGGUUCACCAGGGCAUCAAAGGGAUGGUGCUAGAUGAGAACAACAACGGCAUUGUGGGCGCAGUGCUUUCGGUCCAGGGCAUUGGCCACGACGUCACCUCUGGUGACCAGGGGGACUAUUUCCGACUGCUGCUGCCUGGCACAUACGCCGUCACCGCCUCUGCCCGUGGGUACCAACCGCAGACAGUGAGCGUGACUGUGGGCCCGGCGGGGCCCUCGCUGGUGAGUUGUGCCAGACGGGCCGGGAGGCCUGGCUGUGUUGGACCUGCCCUGCCUCGCGGGAGACAUGGCCCCAGGCUGGGGGCUUGGUGCUGGGGUUGCAGCAACAGGAGGUGGGGGAGGCUGCCUGUGACCCGCAGCCUAGGCUGGGGCUCCCCGCUGCCUGAGUGGGGAAAUGGAGAGGAUGGAGCCUCGAGGGAAGUCGGCUCCUCCCCGAGGUUUGUGGGGCCGGAUGUCCAGCCUGUCCCAAUGCCUCCCUGAUAGCAGCCCAAGUGG